AUGGAUAUCAACCAGGUGUUGGAGGGGACACUGUCUCCCGACGCCACCACCCGCCAGAAUUCCGAGCAGCAACUCUCCCAGGCCGCCGACUCUGACUUCUCUCAAUACCUUUCUAUACUCGGCGGACAGCUUGCAGACGAAGCCGCCCAAGCACACAUUCGAACUGCGGCUGCUCUGGCGCUGAAGAACGCCUUUACAGCCCGCGAGUACGCCCGAUUACGUCAGGUCCAGGAUCGAUGGACCAACCUGAACCCCCAGAUCAAGUCCGAGGUCAAGCAGAUGGCUCUCCGCACACUGUCGACGCCUAACAAGCAAGUCGGCACCACCGUCGCCCAGCUGAUCGCCUCCAUUGCCGCCAUCGAAAUACCUCGCAACCAGUGGCCGGAGCUGAUGCCCACCCUCGUCGAGAACGUCGGCCAGGGCAACGACAGCCAGAAGCAGGCCUCGCUGACCACAAUCGGUUACGUCUGCGACACCGACGACAUCGACCUCAGAGAAGCACUGGGACAUCACUCCAACGCAAUCUUGACAGCCGUCGUACAGGGUGCUCGCAAGGAGGAGACGAACAACGAUGUUCGAGUGGCAGCCAUCCAAGCUCUCAGCGACUCGAUCGAAUUCAUACGAUCCAACUUUGAGAACGAGGGCGAGCGCAACUACAUCAUGCAGGUCAUCUGCGAGGCUACACAGGCAGACGAUACUCGCAUUCAGCAAGGGUCAUACGGAUGUCUCAACCGCAUCAUGGGUCUCUACUAUGACAAGAUGCGUUUCUACAUGGAGAAGGCUCUGUUCGGUCUUACCAUUCAGGGCAUGAAGAGCGACGAGGAGGAUGUUGCCAAACUCGCCGUGGAGUUCUGGUGCACAGUAUGCGAGGAGGAAAUCGCGAUCGAAGACGACAACACACAGGCACAAGCCGAAGGCUCCACUGAGCUCCGCGAGUACUUCAACUUUGCCCGCGUUGCCACACAGGAGGUUGUCCCUGUCCUUCUUGAGCUGCUUGCCAAGCAGGACGAGGAUGCUGAUGACAACGAGUACAACACUUCGCGCGCCGCCUACCAGUGUCUGCAGCUAUGGGCACAGUGUGUCGGCAGCGCUGUUAUGCCUCCCGUGCUUGCUUUCAUUGAAAAGUACAUCCGCUCUGAGGACUGGCACUACAGGGAUGCCGCCGUCUCCGCCUUCGGUGCGAUCAUGGAAGGCCCCGAGGAGCAUGUCCUGGACCCGAUUGUCAAGCAGGCCCUGCCUACUCUCAUCGGCAUGAUGGAUGACCAGAACAUCCAUGUCAAGGACUCGGCUGCUUACGCAUUGGGUCGUAUCUGCGAGGCUGUGCCAGGAGCUCUCGAUGCACAGCAGCAUCUGCCCCCUCUGAUUGGAGCACUUUUCAAUGGCCUUUCUAGCAACCCCAAGAUGGCUGCGUCGUGCUGUUGGUCGCUCAUGAACCUGGCUGAUAGGUUUGCCGGAGAGCCUGGAUGCCAGAGCAACCCACUUUCCGCUCAUUUUGCUCAGAGUGUGCAGCACCUCUUGCAGGUUACCGAAAGGGGCGACGCGGACAACCAGCUCAGGACUGCAGCGUACGAGGUGCUCAACUCCUUCGUCACAAAUGCUGCAGCCGACAGUGUGCCCCUUGUGAACGAGCUCUCGAACGUCAUCCUUGAGCGUCUGGAGAAGUCUAUCAACCUUCAAUCGCAGGUUGUCAGCGUCGAGGACAAGCUCACGCUCGAGGAGAUGCAAACAAGCUUGGCCAGUGUUGUCAUGUCGAUUGUUCAGCGAUUGGAAGGCGACAUCAGGCCUCAGGCAGACCGCAUCAUGGAGAUCUUGCUUGGUACCCUGUCUUCUCUCCCUCCCAAGUCAAGUGUCCCCGACACUGUCUUUGCUGCCAUUGCGUCAAUCGCCACUGCGCUCGAUGAAGAUUUCCAGAAGUACAUGGAGGCAUUCUCUCCUUUCCUGUACAACGCUCUAAACAACCAGGAGGAGCCUGCCCUGUGCUCCGUUGCUAUUGGUCUUGUUUCGGACAUCACACGUUCGCUGGGAGAGAAGGUCCAGCCCUACUGUGAUGCGUUCAUGAACUCCCUGCUGAACAACCUCCGAAGUCCCGCGCUUGGCAACCAGCUCAAGCCUGCUAUUCUGCAGUGCUUCGGCGACAUCGCACAUGCCAUCCACGGUGCUUUUGAGACUUACCUGACCGUCGUUGCUCAGGUGCUCCAGCAAGCCGGUCAAGUCACUUUGACCACCGAGAACAACUACGAGAUGAUUGACUACAUCACAUCACUGAGGGAGGGUAUUCUCGAUGCCUGGGACGGCGCCAUCAACGCAAUGAAGGCGAGCAACAAGAAAAACCUCCUUGUUCCCUUCCUCGACUCCAUCUUCGACCUGCUCCGCACAAUUCAGCAAGACCCCAACAGGACCGAGGCUCUUCUCCGAUCCGCAUGCGGCGUCAUUGGUGACCUGGCAGAUGCGUUCCAAAAUGGCGAAGUCAGGGAGUACUUCCGUCACGAUUUCCUCACAGCGAUGGCGAGGGAGACUCGUGCAAACCAGGACUUCAGCGGACGUACACGGGACACCGCCCGGUGGGCCCGUGAACAGAUCAAACGUCAAAUCGGCGGCAACACAGGCGUCAUGGCUUGA